AUGGAGGAAUUAGAAGAUUACGAUAAAUUUUAUGACAGCUUCUUUGUUUAGCAAGGCAACGUUAGUAAAUCAAACCAAAAUUCAUCGCUAAGUUAAAAGAAUUCAGAAGAUCAGUUUGAAGGAUUACUCUUAGACAUAUUUCGUAAUGAAUAUAACUCAAAAGGGCUUUCAUCACACACUUGGUCUAGAAAAAACAGUACCACAAGCUAAAUUGUAGAUUCUGGCUCAUCAUUGAAAGAAGAAGAAUAAACUGAAUAGAAAGAUGGUAAUAUUAGAAUAACUCAGGAAAUAAGUCAAUAGGAUUAUUAGAAAUAAGGUUGUUCUUUCAAUACUACAAAUGAUCAAAUAAAUUUUGAAAGUAAGAAACAUUUAGAAAAUUUUUAAAACUUGAACAAGAGUAAAACCUAUAAAAGAUAAUAACUAAAAAAAUCAAAUGCAACAGCAUCAGCUAAGUCAAAGGAAUAAAUUCAUUUUCUUGAAUCUCACUUCAUUUAGAACUAGCGUUGGUCAAAUGAGAGAAUUCAAGAGAUGUCCAAAGAAAUCGGGCUGACAUUCUAUAAGAUCUAUAAAUGGAAUUGGGACCGUAGAAUGGCAUUAAAGAAAUAUCACGAGCAAGAUAAAUACUGCGACUAUAGAUAUAUUAAAAUAUUUGAGGUCAGGAAAUUUCCGAGAAACUAAGAAGAUGUUCAAGAGAUAAUAAGUGAUGAUUCAACGGAUUACAAAAUCUUUAAUAUAAGAAAAAUCUGA